CACUUUUUGUUCACGUGCACGAAUUUUUAGAUAUUUGUUUCCUCAUUUGAUUAAGAAAAGACUUUCAAUAAAAUUUCGGACCAGAAUUGAAUCAGAGAAUGACACAGACUGCCAGUGCAAUUUUCGAGAGAAUCAAGAAUCACCCAGGCGUGCUGGGAAUUAUGGUGGUAAAUGCACAAGGCUACCCAAUUAAGUCUUCAAUGGACAACCCUACCACUAUGCGGUACAUUGAGUCCUUGGGAGGGGUGCUGUACUCGGCCAAUAAUCUUGUGCGGGAUUUAGAACCCGAGAAUGAAAUGCAAAACAUCCGAAUCAGUGCCGAGAAAGACUGCUCUACUCAGGACAUGUCAACUGGGGCUAAGAAAAAGAUGGUGAAAAUUACAGAAAUUAUGAUCUCACCACGUACAUGAAAACCAGGCCCUCGUGGUGAUCCAAGAAAGGGUCAAAAACAAAACGAAGAACAAAAAACUCGUGCCUAUUUACGACAACUACAUUUGAUGAAAACAACUCAAAAAAGUUAUGAGUUAUGGACCCAUUUAUAACUUCAAUUCAACCUAUAACAUGUUAA